UGAUUUUUGUUACAGUGCGCAAAUGCGCAUCAAGCGGUUCGAGUCUGUGGCGAAACGCGACCAAACUCACAAAACCAGGGUGGAAAACGGAAAUUUGGAGCGGAAAAGCAAACGGCACGAUCGGGUCAAGGUCUGCGACACGGCAGCAACCAUGGUGGGGGAACGCCGCAAUGGGAACCUGCUGGUCCAGCUUGGUCCAAAGCUACAGGCGUACCCUGAGGAGCUGAUCCGCCAGCGACGCACCCAUGAUGGGCAGACAGAGUAUCUGAUUCGCUGGUGUCUGGUUACUAUCGACGACGGGUCCAACUCUGGGGACGGAGUAAACGAAACUAGCGGAGCGAGCAAUGGUGGCUCUGGAGUGGGCGGGUCUGGCGGCUCCACAUCUGGAGAAACUAAACCUGAGAACAUUCUAAUGUGGAUGUCAACAGAGGAUGUGUACUCCAACUGCCCCACCUUGCUCGGCAAAAGGAAGACAGACUUACAGCGCCCCCUGCAACAGCAAGAGCAGCAGCAAGAGGGUGAAACGGCUGAUGGAGGCGCUUGCAGCAGCAGCGAGUUCCCGACAGACAUUACCUUCGACGAGGUGGAGCUGUCCGACAUGAAGCAGGAUGUGAAAAACCUGGUGUGUCGAGCCCGGAAGCAGAUGGCCAAGAAGAGAGACUUCUCCAUCAACAUCAUGCACACCAUCCAUGUGCUGAGUGCGUACGCCAGCAUUGGUUCAUUGGUCGGUGUCUUCAAGGAGACGGGCGCCCUCAACCUGCUGAUGGAGCUGCUGUGCAACAAGGAGACGCUGACGAGACGCAGCGCUGGCAAGAUGCUGCGCGCACUGGCCUCGCACGACGCAGGCAGCCGGGCCUAUGUUCUGCUGUCCCUCAGUCAGCAAGAUGGCAUCGAACAGCACAUGGACUUUGACAACCGCUUCACUCUACUGGAGCUUUUUGCUGAAACUACCUCCUCUGAGGAGCACGGCAUCUCCUUUGAGGGCAUCCACCUGCCUCAGAUUCCUGGGAAGUUGCUCUUUUCUUUGGUGAAGCGUUACCUGUGCGUCACAUCGUUGAUGGACAAACUGAACACAGCAGGGGCAGAGUCAAGCUCUGACAGGCAAGAUGCUAGCCCCGCCUCAUCAUCCUCUAGCUCCUCCCACCAGACUGAGCUCCUCCGAAUCCAGCGAGAGUUUGAGUUUACCAUGGCCAUGGCCAACCUGAUAUCAGAACUAGUUCGAGUGAUGGGCUGGGACCGAAACCGAAGGCCGCCUGACCUCUCCACCCACCACUCUGAGGGAGGCACAACAUGUGAGGACGAGCAGAGUGAGGAGGAGGAGGUGCCCCGACCAGUCCUCAGGUCCAUUUUCCAACCUCGAUUCUGCGCUUCACCUGUGGCACUGACCAGCAGUUCCUCCGUCACAGUGGGCUCUGCCACACCAGCGAAGAAGAAGCUGGGAAACGGGUUCAAAACGCGCUCGGAUUUUGCCAGCCGCUCAGCCUAUGUUGAGUACGUUCAGGACAAUCUGAAGAGUGGCAUGAUUGUCCGGAUGCUAGAGGACUACGAGGAGGUGAGCGCCGGAGAUGAAGGAGAGUUUCGUUACAGCAAUGAUGGCUCUCCACCUGUACAGGUGUACUGGAACUCCCUAGCCAGGACCUAUUGGGUCCACUGGCACAUGGUGGAGAUCCUGGGUAAUGGCAGCAGCAGCCAGUCUGAGAAAGAAACACAGGAGAAGGCCUUGUCCCUGACAGAGACCCUCAAACUCACUACAGUGUGUCAGACGUUCUUCUCCAAGCCUCCUGGUGGUCUCUACUCGCUGCCAUAUCUGUCGCAGCAGAUGCAGGCCGAGCCAACGGUGCUAACCCGAGCUGAGUGGUGGGAGAUCCUGUUCUUCAUCAAGAAGCUGGAGUCAAAACAGCAGCAAGAGGUGACCAGCAUCCUUCAGCAGAGCCUUGAGGAGCAGGAGAUGGAGCUGGACGGCUUGUCCCUUAUCUGUCUGUCUGUCCCCGGAAAUGUGGCCAAGAAGCUGCUGCACUAUCUGAAGCAGAAGCUCUCGUCAUCAUGUCUUAGCGAUCUGCUGUGCUGUCAUGCCUUUUCAAAAUACUACCUGAAGAGAGGAGGAGGAAGUCUGGAGGAUGAAGAGCUGCUGGCUGAAAGCUCUCUGGGUUCAUCCAGUCUUGGAGGAGGUGGAGGAGGAUCUCAGAGCUUCUCCUCUUCAUCUUCUGCCUCCACCUCUUCUUCAUCAGCAAUGGGGUCUGUCUCCAAGAAGGCUAAGAAGGAGCUUCCUGUGGACUUGAGCUGCACAGAGACGGAAAGCGAGCUUCCCUCAGAGGAUGACAGCAAAUACCCUGACGAUCUGGAAGACAAAAUGAAAGUGUUUAACAACCCACGGGUACAUGGGAAGAAGACCUUCCUGGAGAUGUUGGAUGAAGUGGUGGACAUUCUGAAAAAAGGGGGUUCAAGCUUGGACUCGGCUCAGCAGCUAGCUGCUGUCCUCUUCAUAACCCGGCUGCUGGAUAGGAGAAGCUCUCAGGACAAGAACUCCAUGAGGAGCGACUCUGUUCUGACCAUACGAGACAAAGUGCUGAAGAUGCUGGUUGAGCUUCUUGGCUCAUCCUGCACAGAUGUGGUGGCCAGCACGCUGAGACUCAUUCAUAUUCUUAUGCUGAAGUACGAGUGGAGGGUGUCUUUCGCCACAGAGGGUGGGAUUAAAGCCAUCCUGUCCUGCAUGCAGGAGUUUUCCUCCAUGGUGCACAUACAGCAGCUGGCGCUGGCGACCCUGAAGGUCAUCACUGGUGCCAGUAAACACGACCUGCGCAGCUUAGGCAGCUGCACCCCGCUCUCUGAGUCUGGGACACAAAUGAUGCUGGAGAUAUUUGCCAGCAUUGGCUCAGCAACCCCAGAAGGCUCCAAAGGAUUGCUGGCUGCCAUUCCUGAUGCCAUUGACCUCAUGCUGAAGACCAAAGGCUGUAUGCCAUCAGUGAGGAAUGGGCUGCUCGUCAUCAUCAUGCUCAUCUCCAACCACAAGAGCCUAGCUGAGCAGCUGGUGACCUGCGAUGUCACCGCCGUCCUCAAAAAGUGUCUGACACUGUCCAGAGCUGAGACUAUGCUUGCCAUCAUUGCCCUCAACCACAUUUCUAUGGUGCACAAACUGGAAACCAAAGAGAGCCAGGAGCAGCUGGACUUCAAGGACACGGAGCUGCAAAUGUUGGUGGUGAGUCUGAAAGAGCUAACGGUGACCAAGGAGGUGAUCCAGACUCUGGAGCAGCUGCUGUGUGAUGAUACGUCACAGCUGGAGGAGGAGCGCAGCCAGGUAACUAAAAGUAGGGGCACCUACCAGAACCUUGUCCGGCUGAUGGAGCAGCACCGAGCCGACCGAGCUGUCCAGCUUUCCAUUCUCAGGAUCUUGAACAAAUUUCUGGACAACUACGAGGAGGAUGUACUGCCGUGGCACGAGAGCAUAGAGCCCUGCUUGUCCACCAUGACAGCCUUCAUCAACGACAGAGAGGUGGUGCAGCUGUUCAUUCGCUUCCUGUAUCGGCUGGCAUCUCUCAACAAAGAUUAUGCUGUGGUCAUGUGCCGUCUGGGCACUAAAGAGGUGCUGUUCAAAGCUCUGGACAAACACAGCACCAACCUGCUGUUGGUCACCGAGCUGAGAGACCUACUCAGUGACUGUGAGAAAUAUGCUAGCCUCUACAAAAAGAUGACUACUAGCGUACUUGCAGGAUGCAUUCAGAUGGUGCUGGGUCACAUUGAGGAACAUCGCCGCAGCCACCAACCAAUCAACAUACCCUUCUUUGAUGUCUUCCUCAGAAACCUGUGCCAAGGAUCCAGUGUGGAGCUGAAGGAAGACAAAUGCUGGGAGAAGGUGGAGGUUUCGUCCAAUCACCAUCGAGCUAACAAGCUGACCGAUAAGAACCCAAAAACCUACUGGGAAUCAAACGGCUGCACAGGCUCUCACUUCAUCAACAUCUACAUGCACAAAGGCGUGGUCAUCAGACAACUUGCCAUCUUGGUGGCCAGUGAGGACUCGAGCUACAUGCCGGCCCGGAUCCUAAUUCUGGGGGGAGACGACCCGACCAAUAUCAACACGGAGCUCAACACGGUGAAUGUGGCGCCCUCUGCCAGCCGGGUAGUUCUGCUGGAGAACAUGUCCCGGUUCUGGUCCAUUAUCCAGAUCAGGAUCAAGAGAUGCCAGCAGGGCGGGAUAGACACUCGGGUCCACGGUUUUGAGGUUUUGGGUCCAAAGCCCACCUUCUGGCCCGUCUUCAAGGAGCAGCUGUGCCGUCGCACCUACCUGUUUUACAGCACCAAGGCCCACACGUGGUGUCAGGAGGUGGUGGAGGACAAGACGCAGCUGCUGCAGCUCUUCAACAAGCUGAACAACGCGCUCAGACAUGAGCAGAUGUUUGCAGAUAGAUUCCUGACCGAUGCCGAGGCAGCUGAAGCUCUGGGUCAGACCUGCUGGGAGGCUCUGAUCACCCCCAUUGUCCACAGCAUCACUCUGUCAGAAUCCUCAGAAAGCAGCCCUUUGUCCUGGCUACUCAGCGAAUACCUGGACAACGCCGAGUCUGCUCGUCGCUGUAAAAGUCGGGCGGCCAUCUUUAACUCCAGAGUGAGACGUCUCACACACCUGCUGGUUCACGUGGACACAAGUCAAGUGGAUGGCGAGGAGCUCAAACCGCCCAUCAAGUCCAAAGGUCUCAACAGAAGCAAAGAGUUGAAGAAUGGUAAGGAGAGUAAAAACAAAGACACUGCUUCCGCCCCCUCUUCCUCCUCUCCAUCUUCAGUCAAACCCAAAGUGAAGAGUAGUAGCAGCAUUGCAGGCAUCGCCCUCUGUUGGCAGGGAGUGGUACAGUGCCAGGUUAAGAAGUUUCUGGAGGCCAGCUGCAGUCUUCCAGACUUUGUGGAGCGUUAUCGGGCGCUGUACCUUCGGCUUAAGAAAGCCAUGGAGGAGCUGUUCGGUCAGCAGACGGCUUUUGUUCUUGCCCUGAGGCGCGGCUUCUCUGCUGCGCUGCUGCAGCUCUCCAUCCUCAAAGCCAUGCACGUGAGCGAGCGUUUUGCUCAGUACAUCGAUCAGAUGAUUGAGGCCAGCGGGACUCCGUCUGGCAGCUUAGACACUCUGGAGCGGCUACAACAGUUUUUGGAGCCAAUACUCUUCCUCUCUGGCCUGGAGCUUGCCAACACCUUUGAACACUUCUACAGGUACUAUCUGGGUGACCGUCUGCUUGCUCAGGGAAACACAUGGUUGGAAAGCGCUGUAAUUGAUCAGAUCGGUAGCUGCUUCCCAAGUCGAUUUCCUCAGCAGAUGCUGAAGAAUCUCAGUGAGUCAGCCGAGUUGCAGCAGGAGUUCCAUCUUUACAGGCUGCAGCAACUGGAUCGAUGCCUACAGGAACAUGACCAGAUAAUGGAAGAUGACUGGACAGAGAUGGAGGAAGAGGCAGAGGUCCAGGUUCUUGUUGUGUCUCCACGCUGCUGGGCUGUACCUGCAGUUUGCUUUCUGGAUGAACCAGCAAAACACUUUCCAGCUGAACUCUGUUCCUACCUGAACCAGUUCACCCAGUUCUACACCCACAGUCAGUCCAUGUAUGGUCUGAGCCACUCAAAGCCUCGGCGACUACAGUGGACAUGGCUCGGUCACGCAGAGCUUCAGUUCGGCAGCUGCACGCUGCACGUCUCCACACUGCAGAUGUUUGUCCUACUGCACUUCAACAGUCAGGAGGAAGUCAAAGUUGAAGUUCUGCUGGAAGAGACGGGUCUGUCUGCUGUGGUCCUGCUGCAUGCUCUGCAGCCGCUCAUCAGUGAAGGAGGACCGCUGACCUGCAGCCCACCAGGACAACCCAGCCAGGGCAUUCUGCGGUUAAAUCAGCAGGUGGUCUCCCACAGCCUGCAGGACGACCCAGCGACGCUGCGACUGCUGCCCAGACAGACGUACCUGAACGUAGACGAGGACGCGGCAGGAACUCUAGAGCGGAAGAGGAACUUUAUCUACUGCCUGAUAGUUCACAUCAUGAAGCAGGAAAAGGAGAUGCACAUUGAUAACCUGGUUUUCAAGGUGAUGGACUCAUGUCAGAAGCAAGAAGCAUCUCAGUCUCCAGGAGGUGGUCGGUUCAGCUGCAGCACCGGAGACGUGCUCUCCUGCAUCAUGCACGUCAUCAGCAAAGGCUGCAUCCGCCGCAACGAGGACAACCCACAUAUCGUGGAGUUCGUUCCUGAAGACCCAUCCACGCCGCAGAAAGGCCAGGCCCAGUUCUCCUUCAGCCGCUCCGACUCCAGGAAGGACGCCACCGCCACAGAUUGUCUGGCUGACAUCAGUCUGAUACCAGCGCCGCGGCAGUUUGAGGACGGCGUUCUGGACUCUGUUCUCUUCUCUCUGGGCCGGACCAUGACGCAGGAGGAGGUGCGUCAGCUGAUGCAGAGGACGGUGCAGCAGGUUUCAGCCACUCUCAGUGUGGAUUUGGACCGGGCUGAGCAUCUCCUGAUCCACUGCAGGUGGAACGUGGACCUGCUGGUGCAGCGCUACACCGACGACCCCGACGCGCUCAUUGUGGCCGCCGGCCUCAAGAGCCGGAACCCGCAGCCAUUGCCAAGCCCCAUCUCCUCCUGCCCCGUGUGCCUGAACCAGCCACCCGCUGGCUCAGAACCAGUCCCAACGCUGAGCUGCACGCACUACUGCUGCCGGUCGUGUUGGCAGGAGUACUUGACAGCGAGGAUCGAGCAGAACCUGGUCAUGAACUGUGACUGUCCAAUCACGGACUGUCAGGCUCAGCCUACAACUCGGUUCUUCCUCAGCAUCCUGACGGACCAGGACACCGUUGCCAAGUACGAGAACGCCCUGCUGCGAGGCUACGUGGAGUGCUGCUCCAACCUGACGUGGUGCACCAACCCGCUGGGCUGCGACCGGAUUCUUUGCAAGGAGAACACGGGCAGCAUGGGGACCUGCUCCAAGUGCUGCUGGUCCUCCUGCUUCAGCUGCAACUUCCCCGAGGCUCAUUACCCGGCUAGCUGCAGCCACAUGUCUCAGUGGAUGGACGAUGGAGGGUUUUAUGAAGGGAUGAGCAUGGAGGCUCAAAGCAAACACCUCGCCAAGCUGAUCUCCAAACGCUGCCCCAGCUGCCAGGCUCAGAUCGAAAAGAACGAGGGCUGCCUGCAUAUGACCUGUGCCAAAUGUAACCAUGGAUUCUGCUGGCGCUGCCUGAAGCCCUGGAAACCAACUCACAAAGAUUAUUACAACUGCUCCGCCAUGGUGAGUAAAGCUGCUCGGCAGGAGAAGAAGUUCCAAGACUACAAUGACAGAUGCACCUUCCACCAUCAAGCCAAGGAUUUUGCUGCCAGCCUGGAAAACAAAGUGUCAUCUAUUAAUGAGGCUCUGCAGAUGAAGUCGCUUACCUUUGUAAUUGACGCCUGUAAAGUCCUCGCUCAGGCUCGAAAGGUGCUGGCCUACUCCUGUGUCUAUAGCUACUACAAUCAGGAGACGGAGAAGAUGGACGUGAUGGAGCAACAGACUGAGGCUCUAGACCACCAAACCAGUGCUUUGCAGAUCCUGCUAGAGGAGACUCUACUGCAGUGCACUGACCUGGCCUCGUGUGUCCGCCUACUAAAGCCAGAACACCUGAACACAGGACUGGAACUCAUGCGACGCAUCCAGGAGCGUCUGUUGGCCAUCCUGCAGCACUCCACACAGGACUUCAGGGUUGGGUAUCAGUCCAGAGACAGCCAGGAACCAGAGUCCACUCAGGCGUCCAAUCUUUCCAACAACACGGACAUCAACAAAGGGUCCAAGUCAAACCGAGCUUCGGACUCAGGGGACUCAGACAACAACAAUUACACUGAAGAGGACGGUGGCGAGGAGGUAGAGGAGGAUGAUGAUGAGUAUGAUGAAGAGUAUGUCCCUGAGUGGCAUGAAGACUACGACGAGGACGACAUAGACGAGGACGACUUCUUCACUGAUGACGAUGAGUCCGAGAACCUGGAGAGAACCUUUAGCCCGUAUGACUGAGUCGAUCCAGAACUCAAAGAUUUCUCUGAGAUGGAAGAUGGCGAGGCUGAAGCCCCGCCCCUUCUGAAGAACCAUGUGACGUUAGCCGAAGACAUCAAAACGUCAUCCCACACCCAAACUCCCCGACACAUUACUUCACUUGCUUUCACUUCUGAUUUUCUCUACAGUUUGGAAGAAGAUGAGACAAAACACAACUUAUGUUUGAAGAAAAACGUCAGAGUUUAGUUUAGAAAAUAAAAAGUCUCUUUUUUUUCUGAAGGUUGUUCGACAUUUCAAUUCACGAUUCUCCUGAGAAAAUGUUUAAAAUCAGUUUGAAACUUAUUUGAACUCAUUUUUAAACAAGUCAAACCAAAAUGUAACCAAUUUGAAUUAAUCUGGAACCACUCUAAACCAGUCAGAACCAGUUUGAACUUGUUUAAAACUGAUUUAAACCCGUCUGAAACAUGUUAAGCUGCCUAUAAUCAAUUUAAACCAAUCUAAAAACAGUUUUAGCUAAUCUGAAAUCAAUUUAAUGACUGUCAGUCUGAGGACAAGUCUUUAACUAAUUUAAACUAGUUUGACAUCACUUUAAGUUACCUGAAACCACUUUAAACCAGUAAGCAAUGAAUACCAGUCCGUAAUCAAUAAAAUUGAGUUGGAACCAGUUUAAAUCUAUCUGAACAGUUUAAAUUCAUCUGUUCUGGUUUCAACUAACGAGGAACUAGUUCAUACUAGUCAGUUUAUUCUGGAACAACCCAAAACUAGGACCAGUAAAAAAAUAAAAAUUUUGAUACUGGUUUAAACCAGUCUGACACUAGGAAAUCUGGUGUUUAACCAGUUGUAUUUCAUCUGUAACUGAUUUAAACUAAUGAGGAAGGAGUUUAAAUCAUUUUGGAAUCCAUUUUUUCUGGAUUCAUGGAGAGCUAGCCUGGAACUAACGGUCUGAAAACAAGUUGAACUAAUCUGUUUGAAUUAAUCUGAAACUAAC